AGCUACAGGCUUUGUUCAUGUCGAGAAGGUCAUAAAAAUAGGAUCGCAGAAUUCAACAGUAAGCUGGCAGGACUGCUUAGAACAGUAAAUUGGUGUGCGUGUCCGUUGCGCUUGGGUGGUAAUUACAUACCCUGCACAGCUAUGCUUGACAGCAUUGAUACAAUAGGGGACAGAAUUGAUCUCCACCAACUUUGAUUCAUUUUGAUAUAGUAGGACGUGUUGGAUGACAGUGGGGCAGCCCUCCAUUGACAGACAAGUCCGACAGAUAUUGACAUCUGUUGUCAGUUAUUUCGCUAAUCGAGAAGAUUGCCACUUACUGUUGGACUAAUUGCAACCAACGAGCAAGGGAGUACCAUAUGAAAGUGGACUUCUGGAGGAAUGCUUGUUAUGGCAACGUCAGAACAACACUAAGAGAGAAAGGGCAGGAACAGGAGGAGCGAAUUAUCAGCUCGACUAGUCAGCUACAGAUUGUGACAAGACCCUGCUCAAUCCCAGGUCAGCGUAAUGUCUCAGGUCACUGACCAACUCAUCGAUGUCAUCUCCAAGCCAAGAGCCCGACGCACCGACGCUGAGAUCGAAACGGCCAUUUCAUGGCUGCGUCGCCGUGCGCAGAUUCUCAACAACGUAGGCAAAAAGGAACUUGUGGAGAUCGUGAAAAACUGUUCUUAUGAGACCGCAACUCGCGAUGACGUCAUCAUACAGCAAGGCGACUAUGGAGAUACAAUGUACAUCAUCCUUCGAGGUGUCUGUCUCGUUUACAUUGACGCCAGCCUUACAGGAGAGGAGGACCCGUUCCAGGCCUCGUCGCCACCCCCUCAGCUCCCCAAAGACCCUGCUGCUGCUGCUGGUGGUGCUGCCAACGGAUCGCCCGAACCAAGGAAGGCUAGGUCAAUAGACCGCUCCAAAUAUGGCAAAUUUAUAAUGAGAUAUGAGUCUGGCAAAAGUUUCGGCGAGGCUGCCCUGCUCUGUGACGACAAAUCCCGCAAUGCCACGGUCCUUGCUGAUGAAGACUGUGAUCUUUUAGUUCUUGACCAGGCGCUCUUUGAUAAGGCACUAAGGGCAGAACAAGAGCUGGAGUACGCAGAGGUCUGUCACUUUGUAGAGAAUCACCCAUAUUUCCGCCACAUGUCACCCAAGUUCAAACGGCUACUGGAGCUGUCUCUCCGGAAAGACACAUUUCCCUUUGACUCGGUGAUGACCCAACAGGGAAUGCCUGUGACCUCUUUGAUAUUUAUUCUCAAGGGUCAGGCAAAUAUGUAUUUGGAACCACAUGCCUAUCAGAAACAGUACAGUCACUUGUGGCCCUUCGAAGCAGGAGUGGACCUGUAUUCCCAUGAGUUCGAAUGGCUUAGAGAAUCCCGGCGGAACAACAUUUUGAGGAAAUACGAAGAUCCGGCCGUGUGGCCUACCAAGUCGGAACAUCUGGUGGUCAAGCGGACGGAAGGAUACGCAGCUGCUGAAAAACGUGUGCAGGAUCGCACACUAUGCUUGUGCAGCAUUCGGGGCGGCGAGGUGAUAGGUGACCUGGAGGUGGUGACCAAACUGAGCACGUAUAUGUUUACUGUGACCAGUACCUCGCCAACCACCGCCUUCGUCCUUGACCUUAAGAACCUGGAGAGACUUGUGGGCAGGCGGAACCAGGUCACCAUGGAAGUGAUGAAGGAGACAGCCACGGAAAAGCUUGAGAUGAGAGCACACUCACACUAUGGCAAGGACGUCAGUUUCCUCAGCUAUCUUCUCUACAAGAUCAGGGAGGAGCGACUGCCCUCAGCUAAGAAACUCCCCCCGAUUAAAUCAACCAAACAGUUGCCUCCAAAGGAAAUACAGAUCCAGCACUUGUUGGAAAAGUUCAAGAGCGGUGAGGCACAGCUGGUGGAACCUUACGUCCACGGUAGUCUCAUUUACAAGGAGCAGAUGCAGGAGAAGGCGAGGAUUAGGAAUAACAUAAGGAAACGAAGCCCACAUAGCAUUAGUGGAUUGUUGAGAGAGGCUCGAAGGAAGAUGAACCGCAGACAGCCUCGGAGCCGUCGGGAAAUAGUGGACUCUUUAAAAGAAAUGAUGGAGUCUGAUCUGGUGGAGUACUCAACCGAUUUGCCGAAAGACAAACCCAAAGCAACCAAGAAAAAGCCAGAAAACCCCCCUGCACCCUCGUUAACCCCCGCUAGAAAAAUGUCCAAUCCAUCGCCGAGAGAGGGUGCCAUGAGUACUGAGAGGAAAGGCAGCCUCACAAAAGAUCCACCAAAAACCGUUCGGUUUUCAAAUGACACGGACAAAUCUUCCCCCAGAAAUAUCAAUCAGAUGCUCACCGCACCAUCAAACGACAGCCGAGGGAAACCUGUGUCGAAACCAGAUUCUCGAAGGACUUCACUUCUGCCAGCAAUAACAGAAACAAGGGAAACUUCAGCCUUGAAUGGCAAGGUAGAUGGAACUAGAAACGGAGAGAAAGGAAUGAAUUCAAGCUUCAAAAGUCCAAGAGCAAGCGACGGAGACACCUCACGUCUGGUCUCGGAGGCCGAGGAAGGACCGUCGAGCGCCACGUCGUCAAAGAGAGAGUACCAAAGAAAAGAAGUGUCCGCUGACUCCAGAUCUCCUACACGGUUACCUCCUCUGGCUAAACCUGAGCUGAAAAAGCCUUCGCCUUCCUCGAAGUGGGAUAUGGCGCUACGCUUUGUCAAUGAGCGAGUCAACACAGAGCUCACCAAGCAGCUCCUGUCCAGUAACUCCGGCUUCGACGACUACGAGACCUCCGAUGUGAGUCUGGCUCUGCUGGAGAAGCGCAUCAAGUCAUUCUUUACGGAGAAGGUGAUGAGCCAAACCUCUACCACCAUGACCACCCCCCGUACCUCCAACACACGCCGACAGAGCAAGGACGGGGACAAUCAAGACUUGCAUUUACCGCCCUUGCGCAGAUUCCACGUUGAUCUUCAGGAUGCAGACGUGAACAUCCCAAAACCAGGCGGUAAAGUUUGGAUAAGGAAAAGGCUCUGUCGCUUUGCUAACAGCUCUAUAAAGGUGAAGGACCACGAGCAUGUCCGCUACCACAUGGUGCCUGAGCUGCCCCAGUUUGAGGACGUGAAGAAAGCCCGGGUGGUCAUGCAUCGUAUCUUGACCGCCAGCCUAUCUCCAGAGGGUAUGACCAAAACGACGAGGAACAGCAUAUCGGACGUCAAUACCUUCCGUUGAUACACUUUCCUGCUGUCUAAUGUUUAUGAAUAUGCUAAUGUUGGCAGUAGAAACCUUUCUGUGAGGGUGUUUUCUAACCAUCAUUUGCUAGUAGACACUUAUACUACAAUUGCUAGUUUACCAAACAAUAGUGAGUUAGACCGUGAUUUUGUCUACCCCUCCUUCCUCCAGCUUUAAAAAAGAAAAGGAAAGAAAACAAAACUACCCCCUCCAAAAAAAACCCAAUAACACUUUUAAAAAAAAACCCACCACCCUCUCCGCUCACCUAUUCACCUGUUUUACUUUCAAUAUUCGACACUGUUCUGUAGAGUUACAUAUUGUUUCACGCUAGAUAGAUAGUAAUUACUGUCGAUUCUUGCAAAGAUUCUUGAAGUAUAGCGUUUAAUGUCGUGUUGUUGAAAUGUGUUUUAUUUUAGUUUAUGUGAUUGUUAAUUAAAUUGCACUGUGUUUGCGAAGUCCAGAAACAGGAUUAUAAUUCCAUUCCUUUCUCGACACUUCACGUAUAUUAAACUUCGUUUUAAAUUUAAUUCAUUUGCUUGGACUAUAGCUUAUUGCACUAUGAUAAACGACAGGAUGUGGGGUGGUGGGGUGGUGGGGUGGUUGAGGGUUUGAGGGGUGGUGUGGUGUUACAGAUGUUCGCCCUGCUGUGUCAGAGAAUAGGCACUUUGUUACUGUAUGUAUUGCUGUGAUAACAUUAUAAUAAUAAGCAUUAUUGCUAUUCGGGUUUACAUGGAUCUGGCCUUGUGUUGUCUUUAUCGACGUCGUUGUUGUCGUUAUUCUUCUUCUUAUCACUCUUUUUUUUCUCAUUUUAAAACCGCCCACUUACUUGUAUUUCCCAGCGUAGCAUUAGAUUCCACCUGUCACCGUCAGUACUUGGGUGAUCUCCACCGCCCAUCAAUAUUUUUAUGAAGUCGCCAAGGUUGGAUAGCAUUGCACAAAAUGAUCAGGUAUCAUUGCACUGCCGAUACAUUAGAGAUAUUAUUACGUUAUAAUAUACUAGCCUAUGUUUCCUUAGGCGAGACGUGACGUCGUGUCCCGCUAGUCGGUCGCUGGCGAUGAGUUGUGAGAUGUGUAUCUUUAUGCGCGACCACGUCACACACUACUCAAUAAUGAUGAGUCGACCAGCACUUUUUGGCUAGAUAUUUAGACAAAAGGUGAUGCUUUAAACCUGUCACACCCUCUGUCUGUCGCACACGAUGAAGUCCCCAUCACUACAUGGACCGAUCGCAGGCGACGGUCGCACGCGGCUAGACGUUGCGUCGCAUGUCGGCUUCUUUAUAAUAGUAUUGUUUAGGGAUACCCUAUUGUUUAUGGAACGGCAAGGACCCGACAUCGCGUCGCGCAUAAGGAGACAUAUUCUUACUCUCCAACCAAAGAUAAAUCGUGUUUUGGGACACUGGUACAGAUAUUUGUAUGAAAAUU